AUGGCAACACUCUUCUCCAAGUUGCUAACCAGAACUGACAUUGAUGGUGGCUUAGCUAUUCCUGCUCGUUCUCUAGGUUGGCUUGAAUUUGCUCGUCAAAGAAAUGUUAGAGUUGAUGAUAAGGUCAUUAUUCAAGAAGAAAUCGUCAAAAACCAAGAUACGGCAACUUUGAUCAGAAUCGAAGUGAACAGGAAGCUCAGAGUGUUCGGCGCUGAUAUUUGGGGUAAUGUGAAGAAUUGA